UUUUUCACAUCAUCUAAUACAAGUUUGAUUUGGAGGACGGUUGUUUGAACAAAAAAGUCUUGUUUGUCUAAUUAAAAAUUCAUAUUUUAAAAAUGGAGAGUGCGGUUAAACUAGACAAUUCUAAUAACACCACUCCGUUGCAACAACGCCAGCAACGGGUUAAUCCACCCAACAAAAACAUUGGCAAGCAUAAUGCUCAAAAGCAAAAUGAUACUUCUGAUGGAAGUCCGGCCGAAAAGAAGCCUCGAUUUGGGCCAAACACCCAGAAUGGUGGUGUGACGGGUGGUGGUGGUGGCCCCAAUCAAAAUCAAAACAAGAACUUUGGAAAUAAGGGUGGUUUCGCUGCCAACCGCAAUCGCAACCGCGGAGGAAAUCAAAACCGGACGAAUUUUCCAGGCGCAACUAAUGUUAAUGUAAAUCAAAAGCCCAAUAAUGAAAAACCAAAAACACCGGACGUUAUCAUUGUACCUGCAAAGAACAACGAAUCUGAAACUGCAAGCCAAAACCAACCGAAACAGAAUGCUAAUAAAGGCUCAAAUCAAGACCAAGGACAGGGUCAGGGUCAUGGAAAUCAAGGAGGUCCGGGAAAUAAUCAAGGAUUCAGGGGUCGUGGCGUUGGCUACAACCAAGGUGGAAAUGUUGGCGGUGGUGGCGGAGCACUCCAGCACCAGCACCAGCAGCAGCAACAAUAUCAGCAGCGCGACAACAGAAACCGGGGUCCACGCUCGGGAGGUCCAGGAGGUAUGAACAGCUCCAACAUGGGUGGCGGCGGAGGCGGUGGUCCGCGUGGCGGGGAAGACUUCUUCAUUGCCCAACGGUUGCGGAGCAUAGCUGGACCCACGUUUGAACUGGAACCGGUUGAUGUGCCGACCGAGACGAAAUUCUCUGGACGAAACCGCCUGUACGUGGGCAACCUCACCGGAGACAUCACAGACGAUGAGCUGCGCGAAAUGUUCAAGCCGUAUGGAGAGAUCAGCGAGAUAUUCUCAAACCUCGAGAAGAACUUCACAUUCCUAAAGGUCGACUACCAUCCUAACGCCGAGAAGGCCAAACGCGCCCUAGAUGGCUCGAUGCGAAAGGGGCGCCAGUUGCGCGUUCGUUUUGCACCCAACGCUACCAUUUUGCGCGUGAGCAAUCUCACCCCGUUCGUGUCGAACGAGCUGCUGUAUAAGUCCUUCGAAAUAUUCGGUCCCCUCGAGAGGGCCAGCAUCACCGUCGACGAUCGUGGCAAGCAUACAGGCGAAGGCAUAGUUGAGUUUGCCAAGAAGUCGUCCGCCAGCGCCUGUCUGCGGCUGUGCAAUGAGAAAUGCUUCUUCCUGACGGCUUCUCUGCGUCCGUGUCUGGUGGACCCGAUGGAAGUGAAUGACGACAAUGACGGGCUGCCGGAGAAGGCGUUUAACAAGAAGAUGCCGGACUUUAACCAGGAGCGAAGCAUUGGUCCGCGUUUUGCCGAUCUUAGCUCCUUUGAACACGAGUACGGUUCGCGCUGGAAGCAGCUGCAUAAUCUGUUCAAAAGCAAGCAGGACGCUCUUAAGCGAGAGCUUAAAAUGGAGGAGGAAAAACUGGAGGCUCAGAUGGAGUACACUCGCAAUGAGCAAGAAACUGAACUUUUGCGUCAAGAGUUGAGAAAGCGCGAAGUGGACAACGAGCGUAAGAAAUUGGAAUGGGAGAUGCGCGAGAAGCAGGCCGAGGAGAUGCGCAAGCGCGAGGAAGAAACAAUGCGUCGUCAUCAGGGCGAGAUGCAGAACGUCAUGCUUCGUCAGGAAGAGGACAUUCUCCGUCGGCAGGAGAAGAAGAACCUGUUUAUGCAGGCACAGCAGCUUCAUUCUUUGCUAGAUCAGCAGGAAGGAUUUAUUAGCGGUGGAGGCGGCAACAACUCUAGCUUUGACAACUUCGGGGGAAACAGCAAUUCACCAUUUGAAGUUUUUAGAGGCAAUAACAAUAACAACUCCACCAUGAUUGGAAACAAUUCUGGUCCUGGAGGACCCAAUACACAGGACUCCUUCGCUUUUGAAUUUGGGGUAAACAAUAUGAACCAAGGCGGAAAUCAACGCGGAAAUAAUGGCGGAGGAAAUAAUGUCCCAUGGGGACGUCGACGUUUUUAGACACUGGAGCAUACAUUUCCGGAUGAAAAAUAACGUACUCUCUAACUCAUUGAGUACGUUUUACAUUUGACUUUUUGCUUGUUCGCGAGCGAAAUGUGAAAAAAGAAAAUAACUAACAUAAAAGGAUCGUCUAAUCGAAUGCACCCAAAUAUGCGAUGAUUAAAUAUUUUAUCAAAUAUUUGAAUCGUCAAUCGGUCACAAUAAAGAGUCAACCAUGGAUAAUGACAUACAAAGGAUAAACCCUUACAAAAAAACAGAAUCCGAAUCCCAAAAUGCUUGUGCUUAAAAGUGCAGGGUUGCUAAAAAAAAAAACAACAAAUAUUUUAAUCAUUACGUACAUCUAUUUAAUCAUAACGAUAAUGUUCGAUAUAUGUAUGUAGUGACUACAUUCUCCAGUAAUAUGAUAAUUUUUUUUGUUUUUCAUUCAAAUGAAAUAUAUAGAGAAACAUAAAUAAUCGCCCAUUGAA